AUGCGCCCCCUCCUUUGUGGAGCACAGCGUGCUGUCCUCCUCCUCCUCCUCCUCCUCCUGCCUCGCCGUUACCGAGUGGUUCACGGUUUCUCUUCACCUGCUCUGUGCUCUCGUCCGAGCUCUGCGUACAUCCACAUUCCAUUCUGCAAACAGCGCUGCUUCUAUUGCGAUUUUCCUAUCAAAGUAUUGGGCCAUGGUCUGGCCUCGCCGAGUGUUCAACAGACCAUCAGCAAGUAUGUCGAGGCUCUCAAGACCGAGAUGGAUAUAACUGAAACAAGAAGCAACGAAGAACCGAAGUUGCUUGAAACAGUAUAUGUAGGUGGAGGAACACCCUCUGUUCUUGACCCUGAACAUCUGGAGCAGAUUUUAUCUCGCAUUGACAAGAAGUUUGGAAUAUCCAAGGACGCAGAGAUUUCGAUCGAGAUGGAUCCUGGGACUUUUGACAAACAAAAAGCAGCUUCGUUCAAGAAGCUUGGAUUCACGCGAGUGAGCAUGGGCGUGCAGUCCUUCAACGAGCGAAGUUUAAAAGCUUGUGGAAGAGGACACAGUGUACAAGAAGUAUACGAUGGAAUUUCCUCCCUUAGAGCUGCUGGGUUCCAUGAUAUCAGUAUGGAUCUGAUCUCCGGGUUACCAGGUGAGACCGAGAAGUGUUUCACACAUUCUUUGCAAAGUGCGGUCGAUCUCAGCCCAACCCAUCUCUCGGUUUAUGAUCUCAUCAUAGAAGAUCACACAGCUUUCGGACGUUGGUUCGAUCCGAGCAGCAAUGUGAACAAGUCGCCGAUGAAAUUACCAUCCUUGCCGGGAGAAAACUUAGCUGGGGAUUUCUACACGUUGUCACACGAUUUCUUGACGUCUCGCGGGUAUGAGCAUUAUGAGAUCUCCAACUAUGCGAAGCUUGACUCUUCUCAUCCCAUCGAUGACGACGAUGUUGGCAUUGUCUCUCCGUUCCACUCCCGACACAACACAAUGUAUUGGGAUCGCAGACCCUUUUAUGGCUUCGGCAUGGGCGCCACCUCGUUUACAGGCGGAGUUCGUUUAGCCCGACCAAGAAAUCUUGAAGCUUACCUGGAUUGGGUUGCGAAUGGCAUCGACCCGAAGCAACUGACGGGUUGGGAGGAAGAGGACGGGUCGGACUCAACCUGGGACACGCUGGUGGAGACCUUCAUGGUUGGGCUGAGAACUCGACGGGGGGUGAUGGACAGUUGCUUGCGAAGAGAUUUUGGAGACACGCUGGUAGAUGAGGCUCUCAAACGGCUUCAGCCCCAUGUAAGGAAUGGUCUUGUUGAGAUAACGGGCAAAGGUAGGAUUCGAUUGACAGCCCCGAGAGGUUUUCUGUAUUCCAACACAGUUCUGGUUUCAUUGUUUAAGUAG